GAAAAAAACUAAACUAUACGGGGCUCCAGCUCCCCAGUCUUGGAUCUUGUACCCUGUAUUCACACUAGCAAAGAUUGAAUGCUAUUGAGCUGUCAUUAGUGACAUUUAUUAAUUAGUUUAAAUGCUAAUACCUAGAACGUCAAACAGCUCUACCGAGUUCCCAUACUCCCUACCAUCCCGUUCAUCCUGAUCUGCACUUGCUUCAUCGUGUUUCUUCUCAUUGUUGCUUGUUUUUAUGUUCUACACCACAGUGCUUCAACUGGUUGUGGCAGAAAGGCUCAACAACACUGAUGUUCAAAGAUUGUACUGUAACUGGGCCUCAUUUAUCAAUCUGGAUAUGAAUGGGUUUACGUGUAAGAAACAUUUCUACAAGGAAUUUUGGAAAAAGGGGACGUAAAAUGUAAACUUGAUCGUAUAAGUUAUAUGUGGAAUAUACUGUUAUUAUUAAAACCCUUAUAACAGUAAUAUUUGUGCUAGUUCACAACAUUUUGUGAAAAACAGCCACUUUAUAUUAUGGACUAGAGAUCAAGCUAAAAUGCUAAUAUUUCAAUUAUGAAAAGGUGUAUAAAUGAAGGGUAGGUCAUUCUGUCUGCGCUUAACUGCUAACUGUAAAUAAAUAAAACUUAGCUGAGGGAGGAUUUAGUGGUCACUUCAUAUUUUUAUUACUUCUUUUCCCUUCAGGGGUGGCCACAGCGAAUCAUCUCUCUCCACCUAUCCCUAUCUUCUGCAUCCUCAACACUAGCUUCAUAUCCUCAUUUAUUUCAUCCAUAUACCUCCUCUUUGGCAGCUCCAUGUCCAACAUUCUCCUACCAAUAUACUCGCUCUCCCUCCUCUGAACAUGUCCAAACCAUCUUAAUCUGGUCUCUCCCUAAAUUCGUCCAACAUGAGCCGUCCCUCCGAUGUACUCGUUCCUGAUCCUGUCCGGACGUGUCACUCCCAAAGAGAACCUCAACAUCUUCAGCUCAGUCUCUUCCUCAGUGAUUGGCGUAGAAGUUCUCAGCAUACGCGCAUGAGAAAAGUAGUAUUGCCCAAACAUCUGUUAGAAAGUUUUAAUUCGGUUUUGCUUAUGCAAACUGUUUACACAAAAGAUUUAUAAAUGUGGCCCAGUGAUAUUUGAACGUUUAUGGAAGGAGUUUCCCGUGUCAGAGCUUUGUAACAGUGGGUCUCUUAAGCUCAAGAGAAGGGCAAAAGAAGGAUGCUAUGAGUUAAGCGAUAGCAGGAGCUAAUGUCUCAGUGUUGUGCUGUAUUAAAGCUAAACAACGUUUGGUGGUGGUGGUUAAUAAAUGAAAAAGUAUUGGCUGCUAAAUUGCUGUGGUAUAAAAGGAAUAAAACUCCUUCGGGAUAUUGAAAAACUGUCGUCUGUGAAGUCAUGUAUCAACACAGACUUCUAUACGCUUAGCCUCUUCCAAUAUGGCGGACGCGUUGACGUGUCGCAGGAGCUUGCUGUUUGGAACACACCAAUAAUGGCCCGUCCCUGGCAGGAUAAAGUGCGCAGGUUAAGCCUGCAGCUGUCGCUUUAUAACACACCACACAGCUGCUCUGACAAUAACAGCGACGGGAAAGCGCUCGAUGCCUCCAUCAUCAUCAUCAUCAUCAUCCGCGCCGGUAGGACAUUCACCAAGCUUUAACAGAGCCACAGACAGGAGCUGAAGAUGAAGCGAACAUGAUCAGCGCCGAUGAUGGCCCCUCCAAAAGCGAGGAGACCCGGGACACCGGGCAGAGGAGGAUGCGUCCACCUGAAACGCUGCACCUUCUGUCAGCCGUGGUGGUGUGGCUGGUCACAGGAACCACCAUCUCCAGCCUGAACAAAUGGAUCUUUGCGGUGUAUAACUUCAGAUACCCGCUCCUCCUGUCGGCUCUGCACAUGCUUACCGCCAUUGUCGUAGGAGUCAUAAAAUACUGGUUUGUCCGGAACCGAGGCAUGGCACAGCAGGACCUGACCUCCAGCGCCAAGUGCAAAGUGUUCCUGCUGAGCCUCACCUUCUGCGCCAGCAUCGCCUUUGGGAACGUCGGACUCAACUACGUGCAGCUGUCCUUCGCUCAGAUGAUCUACACCACCACGCCCAUAUUCACUCUGGCAAUCUCGUCUCUGGUGCUCGGUAAACAGCACCACCUCCUUAAAUACACAGCCAUGAUGCCCAUCUGCCUCGGGGCUUCCUUCAGCAUUAUGGGCGAGGUGCAGUUUGAUCAGACGGGCUGUCUGUUUGUGCUCGCCGCCACCAUGCUCCGGGGAGUAAAGAGCAUCCAGCAAAGCAUUCUGCUCCAGGAGGAGAAGAUCAACUCGGUCUUCCUGCUCUACCUAAUGGCGAUCCCCAGUUUCUGCAUCCUGGCUGUAGCAGCUCUGGUCCUGGAGAACUGGGCCGCUCUUCAGUCGCCCCACCACUACGACGGCCAUCUGUGGGGCUUCAUCGUGCUCAGCUGCUUGGGUUCUGUGCUCUAUAACCUGGCGAGCUGCUGCGUCAUCAGCCUGACGUCCGCCGUCACGUUGCACAUCCUGGGCAACCUGAGCGUGGUGGGGAACCUGCUGCUCUCCCAGCUGCUCUUCGGCAGCCAGCUUUCUGCACUUAGCUGCGCCGGGGCCGUGCUCACACUGUCCGGCAUGAUCAUCUACCAGAACUCGGAGUUCAUCGUUGCCUACGUGGACGCCCGUCGCACAAAAGCCUCAAAUGGAACUUUCUGCACCGAUGAGGUGGAACCUUAUCCAAGAUGCAUGUAUGAGACGUCUUCAUGUCUAGAUCCAACCCAAGACCCAACUUUAGAACUUUCCUCAGAAUUAUGCUCUACAGAAUUAUUAUCUACAGAGCCAUCUCUAGAACUCUAUGAUGAUUCUGAACCAUGGGAAGAACUAUACGAUCUAGAACCACCUCCAAUACUAGAACAUGACCUAGAAGCAUCUCAAAAACUGUAUCAUGAUCUUCAAACACCUCCAAAACUGAAUCAUGUCCGAGAACCACAUCCAGUGCUUGAUCAUGAUCUAGAACCAUCUUCAGAACUGUGCCAUGACCUAGAACGAUCCUCAGAAUCACCUCCAACACUAAACGAAGACCUAGAACCACCCUUAGAACUAGACCAUGACCUAGAAUCAUCCUCAGAACUAGACAAAGACCUAGAACCCUUUUCAGAACUAGACCAUGUAUUAGAACCUUCUUUAGGACUAGUCCAUGAUGAAGAACCCUCUGCAGAACUAGUCCAUGAUGUAGAACCUUCUUCAGAACUAGUCUAUGAUGAAGAACCUUCUUCAGAACUAGUCCAUGAUGAAGAACCUUCUUCAGAACUAGUCCAUGAUGAAGAACCUUCUGCAGAACUAGUCUAUGAUGAAGAACCUUCUUCAGAACUAGUCCAUGAUGAAGAACCUUCUUCAGAACUAGUCCAUGAUGAAGAACCUUCUUCAGAACUAGUCCGUGAUGUAAAACGUUCUUCAGAACUAGUCCAUGAUGAAGAACCUUCUUCAGAACUAAUCCCUGAUGAAGAACCUUCUUCAGAACUAGUCCAUGAUGAAGAACCUUCUUCAGAACUAGUCUAUGAUGAAGAACCUUCUUCAGAACUAGUCCAUGAUGAAGAACCUUCUUCAGAACUAGUCCAUGAUGAAGAACCUUCUGCAGAACUAGUCCAUGAUGUAAAACCUUCUUCAGAACUAGUCAGUGAUGUAAAACCUUCUUCAGAACUAGUCCGUGAUGUAAAACGUUCUUCAGAACUAGUCCAUGAUGAAGAACCUUCUUCAGAACUAAUCCCUGAUGAAGAACCUUCUUCAGAACUAGUCCAUGAUGAAGAACCUUCUUCAGAACUAGUCUAUGAUGAAGAACCUUCUUCAGAACUAGUCCAUGAUGUAGAACCUUCUUCAGAACUAGUCAGUGAUGUAAAACCUUCUUCAGAACUAGUCAGUGAUGUAAAACGUUCUUCAGAACUAGUCCAUGAUGAAGAACUUUCUUCAGAACUAGUCAGUGAUGUAGAACCUUCUUCAGAACUAGUCUAUGAUGAAGAACCUUCUUCAGAACUAGUCAGUGAUGUAGAACCAUCUUCAGAACUAGUCCAUGAUGAAGAACCUUCUUCAGAACUAGUCUGUGAUGUAGAACCUUCUUCAGAACUAGUCAGUGAUGUAGAACCUUCUUCAGAACUAGUCUAUGAUGAAGAACCUUCUUCAGAACUAGUCAGUGAUGUAGAACCAUCUUCAGAACUAGUCCAUGAUGAAGAACCUUCUUCAGAACUAGUCAGUGAUGUAGAACCUUCUUCAGAACUAGUCUGUGAUGUAGAACCUUCUUCAGAACUAGUCAGUGAUGUAGAACCAUCUUCAGAACUAGUCCAUGAUGAAGAACCUUCUUCAGAACUAGUCAGUGAUGUAGAACCAUCUUCAGAACUAGUCCAUGAUGAAGAACCUUCUUCAGAACUAGUCAGUGAUGUAGAACGUUCUUCAGAACUAGUCCAUGAUGAAGAACCUUCUUCAGAACUAGUCCAUGAUGUAGAACCAUCUUCAGAACUAGUCCAUGAUGUAGACCCUUCUUCAAAACUAGUCUGUGAUAUAGAACCUUCUUCAGAACUAGUCCAUAAUGUAGAACCAUCUUCAGAACUAGACCUUGAGCUAGAACAAACCUCAGGACUAGUCCAUGACCUAUAGCCAUCCCUAGAGCCAGUCCAUGUCCAAGAACCAACCUCAGACCUAGUCCAGGACCCAGAACCAUCCUUAGAACUAGCCAGUGACCUAGAACCAUCUCCAGCACUUGAUCAUGACCAUGGCCAUGACCGAGGACAUUAAUUAGGACUGUAUGAUGACCCUGAGUCACCUCAAGAAUCCAAAUUUGAAGGAUGUAGUGAUGUAGAACCAUCAGCAGAUCUAGAACUGUUUCCAGAACUAGCCCUAAAAUUGCACAAUGAGGACGGAAAGACAAACUGGAAGUCGUGAGCUAUCGUCCUUCCUCACAUGAAGCUUCAGUGAAUCUCAUCUAGAUGUUCAACCGGUUUUUCUUAAGCGCUCCAGUGACACAUAGUUACUCCGUUUCCUCCAACAUGGAGCUGGCGUCUGUUCAGGGGAAAUCUUUACCAUGUUUUGACUCCUUUAACGAAUGCGUAACAUAAAAACAACCGGAAUCGUUUAUGGGCUGGUUUUGUUGUCGUCAUGGCGACAACACGACCUCCGUAGUCUUGCUUUAUUUAAUGCCACUGAUUCCAUUUUGAUUUGGAAUUUUUUCAGCUUGGAUCUCAGUGUAAAAAAAAAAAAAAAAGCACAGACGGUUCCAUCAGCACCAGUACCAUGAUGGUGGAAAAAUGUGUUUGGAGCCACAGUACCGGUACUCCCUCACUGUGCCAAUCUUCAAGCUCACGCAAAGCUCUGAAACGUCUCGUAUUACCUCCGUUUCGGUUAAAUAUGAACGCAGAUGACUUCAUCUCCACUGUGAAGCCACGACCCAGGUGUCUGUGGGAUUCUGGGUAACACCAAAAUAUCCCGUAGGUCACCUGUAGACUGCUUAAGCACUUUUUAAAAAAAAAACCCCAAAAAAACAAAAACAAACUAGUUCCAAUUGAAGAAAAGAGUGCGUUGGUGGUUUUGAGGUACUGUUCUUCACGCUCUGUUAUUCUGGAAGGAGCUUUUAAAGGCAGCUCUUGUUUGUCAGGUGUUUUUGUUUGUUUUUUCCUCAAGCUUACGUUUACAUAAACCGCACAAUGGCAAGAUCAUCUCAUUUUUUGUUUAGUUUACGGUAAGGACGGACGUUUAAGGAGACUGACGUCGAUAAAUUAGACUGGAUAAAGUAAACUGACAUGAGCUGGUUUACUCACUCAGGCGUCAAUCUGACUGAUAUUUCGAAAUAUAUUACUGUAAAGAUAUGACCAGCCGAUGGAGGUCACUUCUGAAGCUACGAGUCAGAUGGUAGAAAUCAGUGGAAGUCUGUUUCAAAUGGUCUUACUCUCACUCCAGAAGAUACUGUAAUGUAGGUGAUCGAUCAUCUUCCUCUAAAAUUUGUCAAUGUCAAUUAUCGUUUUAUUUUAACUCGAUUUCAUGUUGCGGAACCGUCAUAGGACAAGUUGGUUCCACUUAAACCACACCAGCAAGUGACACUGAAUAACAGGAAGUGCAGAAAGACAUUAAAGUGACAUAGACUUCCAUUAUAUUUACCUCACAGCCUGAGGACAAAGCUAUAGAAACAAUGGCCGACUCGCUGUAGGAAAUAGCUGGAACGUGUUGUGUGAUCCUCAUUAUGAGGUUUUAUUCUUAGACCCAGUCUGCGUCUCUGAGGAAACCCGCAGGUCUUUUGCACAGAAACAGAAUGUUUGUUCCUCAGUAUUAUACAUGGGGUUGGGAUUUUUUUUAAAGCUUAAUCUCUUAUUCAGACGGGAAAACCAGUAGAGGUCGCUCACACACACUCAGACACGCACAUACACACUCACUCACUCACACACUCACUCACUUACAUACACACUCACUCACUCACUCACUCAUUCGAUGGAGCUCAGACGCUUAUUUUUAUUUAUUCUUUGUGUUUUUAAACGUAAAUGUCCGUUGCACUGCUUAUUACGAGGACACAUUUAGCUCGAAGCCGAUUGAUAUCAGUAUCAGAAGUCGGUUUCCGUAGGACGUAGGAGACCGUCGUAAACCGACGUAGGAGUCCGUAGGAAGAGUUAUUACUCAGUCUGGUAUCAGAGCUUCAGUUCUCAAGGUCGUGUUACAAUAAGCCACUGAGUGCACAGGGAAGUCAGAGACACGAUAUCGUUAAAGCCAUGCUGAAUUAGUCAUGUGCCAAGAGAAAGAAGAGUUUCAUUCCACAAUGGAAUUGACUGGAGGAGUGUUUUUUAUAUAUCACCAUGAGCUAUACAUCAAUGCCAAUAUACAAAUAUACAUAAACAGGAAUUCCUUGCAAAUAAAAAUAUCCGUCACAAACCAGAAGAAUGAACUAAGUCUGUUCGGGGUUAGACGGAAAAUCAGUUCUCAAGGGAAACCAGUUCUAUCCUAGCGACAUUUCAGUACAAAAAUAGUCAAUUCAGUUCAAUUUUAUCUGUAUAGCGCUUUUAUGAGUGGACAUUGUCUCAAAGCAGUUUUACAGAAAUAUAGCACAAAAGAAGCUCAAGAUUAAUAUUAGACUAAAGGUUCAUGAGUAAUAUUAGACUUGUAUUUAAAAUCCUCCUGGUGGUCCGGCGGCAGGAUCCCGCGCUCUCGUUGCCGCGGCCUGGGUUUGAUUCCCGGGCAGGACGCCACCCUGGCUACUGAAGAGUUAACUCUCAGCGAUAAGGAUAAAAAAUGGGAGGCUUUGCGAUGGUAAGGGCAUCCGGCGUAAAAACCUGUGCCAAAUCAUGCGGAUCGAAUCAAACAACAGACCCUGCUAUUGCGCGGGACUAACGCUAGGAUAAAUAAAAAAUUUGAAAUGAUUUGUAUUAAUCCCUAAUCUAGUCAGUGCUAUAUCUUUCAGAGCAGGAAGUACGGUCGAUCACUUCCUGCAUACACGAUGAUAUGAUAUCGUGAUUCUUGAAGAGUGUUUUUCUUAAAUGCUAAAAACAGGUCAAGACACAUAAACUCAAACUGAAGUACUGAAGAAACUUUUUUGGCAGCCAUCAGCCCGUGCGUCUGACUCAGUGUUUACGUCUCCGCUGAACAGGACUGUAUGGUGGAUUUGCUGUGCGAUUAGUUUGGAGUUAAAUACCUCAUUAUUAUUAUUGUUAUUGUGAUUAUUAUUAUUAUUAUUAUUAAAAGCUCCUUCCUCAUAUCCUGGCAUCAAACCAGCUCAUGCUCCAGUGGGAGGAUUUACAGAUAAAGCAGUUGAAUGAACGUCAUUCUCAGUCACACGGUUACCAAUAAAAAGCGUAUCAAUAAAAAAAAGCAAUAGAAAAAGCCGACCACUUGGUUCGUGAGAAUUCGUUUUAUUUAUUAGUUUAUUUAUUUUUUCAUUCGUCAGUGUAUCAUUUUUUUCUUGUUAAUAUACUACACUGUUUUAUUCAUAUCUCCACUGCUUUAUCUGUCUCUCCUCUCAUCUGUCCUUUUAUACAUUUAUUCUCUAACGGAUUACUGAUUUUUUUGUUAUUUUUGUUUUACGAGGUUAACUAAAUAGUAAGAGAUGCAGACUGGCCUGCGUCACACAAGAGGAUGAGGUGGAAGUAGAGAAGGUCAGGGGUGGUGCUGGAAAAUUUUGUUCUACAGUGAGUUGGAGUUUCUCAAUCCAGAGCAUCUUCAGUUAGCUAACACACACACACACACACACACACAUACAAAGCUAGCUAGAUCUGUAUCAAAUGGGACAAACACUAGAAGUCAGGCACACUUACAAUUUUGAGCCAAACUUCCAGAACCCUUUUCAGGAACUGAAGAGAUCUUGAACCCUUUUUCAGGAUCUGUAGGAGUUCUUAUAAAAAUAAUAAUAAGAGAGUUCAGGAGCUAAUAGUUCUGUAGCUUUUUUUCUUUCCAGAAACUGAAGAGUUCCAGAACCUUUGCCAGGAACCCAAUCUUUCUUUCUUUAUUUUUUUGGCAUCUUUUUCAGGAAUGUAAGAGUUGUAGAACAUUUUUUUUAUAGAACUUUAAGGUCAAAGGAACUGAUCUGGAACCCUGAAUGUAGAAGUUCUGCAAUUUUUCAGGUACUGAGGGUUCACACACCACUUUCAGGAUUUACCGAUAGUUCUGGAACAUUUUCAGUGGCUGAAGAUUUUCUAAACCUUUUUUUUUUUUUUUUUUUUUUUUUUUUUUGAAUGCAAGCGUUCCAGAAAAUCAUUCAGGAACUGGAACGUUUUAAGGACCUGAAGAGUUCCAGAACUUCUUUACAUAACUGAGGAAUUCUUUAAAAAAAACUGAGGAAUUCCAAAAUCUUUCAUACAGGAAUGUAAAGAGUUCCAGAAAUUUUUUCAGGAAUGUAUAGAGUUCCAAAACCAUUUUCCAGGUAUGUGAAGAGUUCCAGAGCCUUUUUCAGGAAUGUAAAGAGUAGAAAGAAUAGAAAGAAUCGUUCCAGAACCUUUUUCAGGAAUGUAAACAGUUCCAGAACCUUUUUUCAGGAAUGGAAAGAGUUCCUGUACCUUUUCCAGGAAUGUAAAGAGUUCCAGAACCUUUUCAGGAAUAGAAAGAGUUCCAGAACCUUUUUCAGGAAUGUAAACAGUUCCAGAACCUUUUUUCAGGAAUGGAAAGAGUUCCUGUACCUUUUUCAGGAAUGUAAACAGUUCCAGAACCUUUUUCGGGAAUAGAAAGAGUUCCAGAAACUUUUUCAGGAAUAGAAAGAGUUCCAGAAACUUUUUCAGGAAUGUAAAGAGUUCCUGAACCUUUUUCAGGAAUGUAAAGAGUUCCAGAACCUUUUUCAGGAAUGUAAAGAGUUCCAGAACCUUUUUCAAAAAUGUAAAGAGUUCCAGAACAUUUUUCAGAAAUGGAAUUCUGUAAGAAUUUUUCUUACAGAAACAUCUGUUUCUCUUUUCAGAAACAGAAAAGAGUUCCUGAACCUUUUAAAGGUAUGUAAAGAGUUCCAGAAACGUUUUCAGGAACUGAAACAUUCUAGCAUCCUCUCCAGAUACUGAAGUGUUCCAAAGCAUCUUCCAGGGACAAAAUAGUUCUAGAAAUCACCUGAUUGAGAACUCCACAGUUCCUGGAUAGGGUUCUUGCCUCAGUGUGGACGAGGCUGAGUGUGCGGUUCUGGUGUUCUCCUGUAAAUAUGAUGUUAACACAUUACAUAACACACUCCCAUCUCACUGCAAACAUUCUAUAUCUUUUUUAAUGAACAAAAUUUUUAAAAUCAAGGUACCUACUAAAACAUCAGAUGUGUUUCCUGCUGUGGAAAUAUGCCUGAAGCUCCUGCGUCUCUAACACACGUUCUUUACUGGAGCUCUUGAUUGAGAAGCUCUCAGCAUGCACAAUAACGCACUGAGUGACUUUAGGACACGCGGUCUUCUCUGCAAGCGUACAGCUGCUCUGUGUACGAUUCUGUCAGUCAAACGUCAGAUGUAAAUAAUUUUUAUUAUAUUUAUGUAUUUUACAAUCAUGGAAAUGCUGACUGAAUAAAUAUGCUUGUUU